UGAGCACGUACUCCAGCGUCACUCGGUUCAUUCUCCCAGUUCAAUGGUUUUUUUUCUGCGCGUGCAGCGCUUCAUUAUACUUUCCACUCUCCUUCCGUCCAGUGCGUGCGCGAGGCAGCCCGUGAGAAGACCCUCUGCUCCCUGAGAUCUCCACACAUCUCACACAAACAACAGCACUUCAUUUCUUUCAUGCACAGACGGAUAUUUGAACGCAACCGUGGAAUAUCGGUUUUAUUAUCGUUAUUAUUAUUAUCGCGCGCGGGGACGCAGGGUUUACCCGCCCCCCCCACAUUUUGCAUUGAGUGUAGGGGGCGAUCGAUGUCACCAUAUGUCACCCACAGACAGUCCUUCCGUUUGCUCUCAUCCUUGAACGAAUAUGCUGAUAUUAAAAAAACGUGAAUUCAUUCCCUCCCGUGAACAUGCUGCCCCCCGUCUGACUAAUUGAGCCACGCAGGAGACGUCUGAAAAUCAAGACCAGUCACCUUUGAACCGUCCAUUGUCGCUAUGGAAACAGACUACCAUCAGGCAUCGCUGAGCCCUCUGGUUUGUCCGGAAGACGGGGAAGCGAUGAACAGCCAGACCCCGGGGCCCGUCACCUUUCAGCCGGGGGCCCCUGGGAUGCGCUCGUCCGGAGCUGGAUCGGACUCUUUCCCUUGUCUGCGGCCCCUCACUUUUCCCCAGAAGACCAGUGAGGAGGCGCACUGCUCGGACGAGGUCACCGUUAUGGUCAAGGAGAAAAGAGAAAACGGUAAUGGGAUUUAUUCUUGCCGUGCCGAUGGUUUUGCCUCCAGACCCAUCGUGUCCUCUCCUCCUCGCCGGCAUCAUUCCCUGCCCCACGCGCACCAUCCUCCCAUGGGCCGCACGCGGAUGGGCACCAGGUCCAACUCCAUCGCCUACACGGCCUUCUCCCCGCGCCCGUCUAUCUCACGCCACUCCAGUAUCGCCACCAAUCCGCCCAUGGACCGUUCCAAACCUAAAGACUACCUCAUCCUCGCCAUCAUCGCGUGCUUUUGCCCUGUCUGGCCAAUCAACAUCGUGGGAUUUGUUUACUCCAUUAUGUCCCGUAACAGUCUGGAGCAGGGGAACAUCGAUGGAGCGAGACGUCUGGGCCGCGUGGCGAAGCUGCUGUCUGUGGUCUCACUGGUGGGAGGAGCUGUCAUUAUUGUAGCAUGCGCUGUCAAUCUGUCAAUUAAUGUGAAAUCGUGAGCAUGUCCUGGAAUUCAACAUCAGAUCAACGACCGAACACAACGACAUCUGCGUUUUGUCCCACUGUUGCUGUGACGGCAAUCGAUAACCAAAUACUUCUGCUCUGAAACACAUAAGAAAAAUAAAAGAACUGAUGUCACACAUAUGUAGAAGUCUGAGGUUAGUUUUUACUCAGAAGAGCACUGAGUGAGUAACGGCAAUACUCACACACACCGGUGUAGAGAAGAACAGCUGGAGAAGAACAGCAAAAGUAUUUUGUUCUCCAAGAUUAUUUGCCCAUCCCAGUAUCCAAUGAGAAACUCACGCUAAUUCUUCUGGAGAAAUCGUUCUAGAAAUCGUGGCCAGAUGGAUAUGAAAGAGAACCGUUCGAAACAUGUCAUCGUCAUACAUUCACAUUUAUUUGUUGUUUCUUUAUGCCAUGACAAUGUAUCAGUUCCCUGUUUUUAGUUAUUUUAAUAACUAAUAUUUCAUUUCAUCAAAUGGCACUCCGUCUUGUCUUGUUCAUCAAUGGAAUUAGACUGUUCUUCAACAUGACUUACUGUAGCUAUUUACCACGAAUAGACAAAAUGUAGCUAAUAAUCCUGAAAUGUAUGGUAUUUUGAUAAAGCAAUAUGCAGGCGCUCACAGGAAUCACUGGAUGAAAGUGCUGAAGACUGUUUGUAUAAAACACUGUCAUAUGCUGCAUAGUGAACCGCGUUUCUGGUUUAUGUCUGCACACUGUGUCAUAUGAAAUAUCUCUAGCCCAAUUUGUAGCCGAACGAAAUCUCAUUAGAUAGACGUCUUGUAGAUCCAGAUGAGAUGUGAAAUGUGAAAAGAGUGAAAAUGCCCAUUUAGAAAUGUCAAAAAACCUUCAUGAUAUGAUACUUGAUAUACUGUAUAUACAGUAUAUACUACAGUUGUUUAGUUUAUGUUAUUUUCGUGGAUGGAUAUCACUAAUAAAAAUCACACUUGCAUUUCAAAAUGCUCCAAAAUAUGCCGUUGUCAUUUAUGUAAUGGAUACAGUAUAUAACACAUAUAUUUCUGUGAACAGCUUGAAUUCCUUUCAGAAGUAUAGAUGCUGUAUAAGUGACAAAUGAUGUUCUCAGCUUCUUGUUUGCUUAUAUUCUGAUUCUACGUAGUAUGAUGGAAUGUGUCCAUACAGUAUGUCAGAUUUCUGUAUGGGAAGUGAGUUUUGUAUAAACAUAUGAAUGUGUACAGGAGGGAUUUUCUCAUUGCCAGAAGACUCGUUUCACUGUUAUUUACUUCCGAGGUAUUACAUAUGCUGUAGUAAACCACCUGUGAUAUGUGAAUCAUUAUAUUUAUCGUGGAUUCAGUAAACGACAUUGAUGUAUUUAUUUGUAUUCUUUCUAUAUAUUAACAGCAGUUAUUUUCAAUCCACAUGUUUUGUGGCUUAUAUUUAGACAUGUUCUUGUUUAGUCAGACCUAAAUGAGAAAGCACUAAAAUGUCAUUCUUGUAUAAAAUAACAAACAUUGUGCACUUAUUUUUGCAUGUCUCCCUUCCUUGUCAAAUAUUUUGAUAGUCUUGUAAUCAACACUAGUUCCCUCUGUGUAUCCUCUUAAGAGAAAAGAAAAUAAAGCAUUCGGAUAGAUA